UGCUUGCAGUUUACUCGUGGAUCGUACCUGGAAUGAGAUAAAAUAUCUGCAAAAGCAGGGGAAUUUCGAAAUCAGACAUUAAAUCGGGCUAUAUUACAGGUAAUCAACUCCACCUUACGCCAUGCCACGGAUCAUAAUCAAAGGAGGGGUUUGGAGAAACACUGAGGAUGAAAUUCUAAAGGCUGCUGUAAUGAAAUAUGGAAAAAACCAGUGGUCCAGAAUCGCGUCUUUGUUACAUCGAAAGUCAGCCAAGCAGUGCAAAGCUAGGUGGUACGAGUGGUUGGACCCCAGCAUUAAGAAGACUGAAUGGAGUCGUGAAGAAGAUGAAAAGCUGCUUCAUUUAGCAAAGCUGAUGCCAACACAGUGGAGAACCAUUGCUCCUCUCAUUGGUCGCACAGCAUCACAGUGCUUGGAACGAUAUGAGUUCCUUUUAGAUCAAGCUCAAGCUAAAGAAGGGGAAAAAGAUGAAGGUGAUGACCCACGCAAACUUCGCCCAGGAGAAAUUGAUCCCAAUCCUGAGACAAAGCCAGCAAGACCUGACCCUAUUGAUAUGGAUGAAGAUGAGUUGGAAAUGCUGUCUGAAGCAAGGGCUCGUUUAGCUAAUACUCAGGGUAAAAAGGCCAAGCGGAAAGCUAGAGAGAAACAGCUUGAAGAAGCCAGGCGACUGGCUGCCUUGCAGAAGAGGAGGGAACUGAGAGCUGCUGGAAUAGAAAUACGAAAACACAGAAAGAAAAAGAGAGGAGUGGAUUACAAUGCUGAAAUACCAUUUGAGAAGAAACCAGCUCAAGGUUUCUAUGACACAGCUGAGGAGGAACUACCUGACUAUCAGCCAGAUUUCAAAAAACUUCGUCAGGAUCAUCUGGAUGGUAAAAUGAGAGAUGAUGUUGAGCAGCAAGAAAGAAAGAAAGACAGAGAGAGGAUGAAAAAGCGAAAAGAGACAGAUCUUCCAGGAGCUGUGAUGCAAAUUAACAAACUUCAUGAUCCAGACUCAGUAAAGAAACGUAGCAAGCUUGUUCUUCCCAAACCACAGAUAUCUGAUACAGAAUUAGAGGAGAUUGUGAAGAUGGGCCAGGCAAGUGAGACAGCUCGGUUAUCAGUUGAAGACAGUAACAUGGCAUCCAAUGCCCUUCUGAGUGAAUAUUCAGUUACUCCUGCGGCAGCCCAUGCUCUGAGGACUCCUCGAACACCUGCUGAACAAGAUACAAUUCUGCAGGAAGCCCAGAAUAUCCUGGCUUUAUCUAAUGUGGACACUCCUUUGAAAGGGGGUAUGAACACACCCCUCACUCAGAGUGACUUUGAGGGUGUUACCCCAAAACACCAAGCUAUUCAGACACCAAACAUGAUGCUAGCAACACCAUACAGGACACCUCAGGGAGAGAGUGGGGGCGUCACUCCUCGUAGCAUGGCUGGUACCCCUCAGAGGGGAAGCUCUGCCACACCAGGGCGUGCAUCUGUGAGAGAUAAACUGAAUAUUAAUCCAGAAGAGUCGCUGGAGGAGUAUGAAGCAGGUUACAGAGCCAAAGAACAACAGGAAGAACUGAAGGCUCAGUUGAAAGCGGGUUUGGCAUCACUUCCAGCGCCUUCUAAUGACUUUGAGAUAGUACUACCUGAGACCGCUGAGGGUGAAGCAGAGGAGACUACAGAUAAUGGCUUCGUUGAAGAUGCAGCAGAUGUCGAUGCCAGGAAAAUGGCCAUGAAAGCUGCCGAAGAACUUAGAGAAUUAAAACGGCGGUCCCAAGCCGUACAGCGGGAAAUGCCACGCCCAUCGGAUGUUAACGCUACUGUUCUAAGGCCGGCCAAUGUUGAACCACCCCUCACAGGACUACAGCAGGCGGAAGAACUCAUCAAACGAGAGAUGGUGACCAUGAUUCGACAUGACGUCGUCAAUCAUCCAACAGCUCUACAGAUCGAAAACUUGACCCACAAGAAAUCCAAGAAUUCUGCGCAGGCUGUUAUAGCAGCAAAUCAAGCGGCUCUUCAAAAUGAGCCUUUGGAAUCGUUUUCGGAGAAAGAGAUCGGUAACGCGAAGGAGCUUCUGGCGAAGGAGAUGGAAUUCGUAAAGUCGAAAAUGGCUCAUGGAGAUCUGCCCAUUGAGAGCUACACUAAAGUGUGGGAAGAAUGCUACGCUCAGGUUUUGUUUUUGCCGACACAGCAGCGAUAUACAAGAGCUGCUUUGGCCAGUAAGAAAGACAGGCUGGAAUCCUUGGAGAAAAAACUUGAGAUGAACCGAACACACAUGACAGAAGACGCGAAACGUGCGGCCAAAGUUGAGAAGAAACUGAAAGUUCUUCUCGGUGGCUACCAGACCCGAGCUGUUGGUUUGACGAAACAGAUUAACGAUCUCUACGAACAAGUUGAACAGGCGCACAUGGAGAAAGAAACUUUCAGUUCCCUGAGAGAACAUGAACUGAGAGCUAUUCCCAAGAGAGUUGAGGCUCUGAGAGACGAUGUGAGAAGACAAACCGAUCGUGAAAACCAACUUCAAACUCGUUAUUCCAACCUGCUGUAUGAACGAGGCGCGACCUACAGUCAGAUGCAACACCGCUGAAAAUCCACUCUGUUUCUCUUGUGUCGUUUUCAGGGCAUGAAGUGCCUUAGUGUCGAAGAUUUUUUAACACAUCUCAAAACGCAGAUAACUUCUGACAUUAACGUGCACUUGCAAAUAACCGACUUGAAGAUUUCUAUUAAGAGAAACUUUGUUGUCAUUGGAAAUCUGUUUCUUGGAAGUUUCAAUUUCGAAACUAUUGUCACGCUGAAAUGACAGUGAGGUGUUUUUUGUCGAGCUACAGUCUCAGAAUUAAUUUUCAAGGAAGUGUACAGCAAUUCGAAGGGAGAACUAGAAAUUAGACGUAGGGAAUAAGUGAACACGAGACAAAGCACUUCGUCGCCGCCAUAUUUAUUCACCUACACGGACGGUAACCCUUUGAUUUUUUAUCGGUAAACCUCGUCUUCUCAGUUCGUUGGUUGACUCGACCCAAGCCUCCCUCGUUUAAUUACUAUCGUGCUUCGUUUUUCUAACUGAAAGCCCGGAACAGACUAGUCUUCUUGCUACUGUAGUGAUCAGACUAAAUUUUUAUGAAAUAAAAGAGUUGUUUAUUAA